UUCACCAUUUUGAUUCAUCAACGCUCUCAAAUAUCCUGAUAAUAAUUUUAUUUUCAUUUAAAUUUACACUUCUUUCGAAAAAUUAAAAAAAAUUGAAAUGUGGCAAAUAUUUUGUGUCCUAGCUUGUUCUUUUUCUCUCAUCCUCACCGACCCCACUUCUUCAAUACAUUCCCUUUUUUUUUCUGCUUCCUCUUCCCAUCCCUUUUUAUCAUCUCUAAGCAAAUUAUCCCAACAAUCCAUUCAAUGGUGCAUUCUUCGAACAAAAAGAUUGUUUUUCCUAACCCCAAAUGAUUAUUUCCUGAAAAAAUCAUAGCUUUUUCAAGUUUUAUGGCCUUGAAAUGCUAAAUACUGAAGAUUCUUCACCUGGGUUUCUCAUAUCUUUGUAAAAUUUCAUGAUUCUUUACAGUUUCCAUAGUUUUAGCCCAGAAAUUUUACAAUGUGGGAAGAAGUUUGUGUGUUUUGAUGUGAAUACAUGAUAAUGGUGGCUGCCAUUUCACCUGUUUUACAAGACCCAUCAAAAGUUCCUUCUCAGCAAAGUCCAAGACCACCAUUGUUGCCCUCAGAGAAAGAAAAUGGAGUUCAAAGUGCUCAUCACAGAAGAUUUAGAGCAAGAGAAGUUCCUUCAAGGUAUAUGUCAAUAUCUUCUCCUUCUACUUGUUCAAAUAGUAGCAGAACAACUAGUACAUCUUCUACAAAUACUACUAAUUCAACUUCUAGUUCAUCAACAUCUUCAUCAAUUGUUAAAAGAUUCCCCUCCCCUGUAGUAAGUAGGAAUCAUAGAAGUAGUUUAGCUAACCCUAAAAGGUCUCAAUCUGUUGAUAGAAGAAGAUCUGUGACACCUAAACCCACAUCAUUUGUAGAAAAUGCUAGUGAUUCAGCUGCCACAAAAUUACUUGUUACUUCAAUUAGGAGGUUAUCAGUAUCUUUCCAAGGUGAAAGCUUUUCGCUUCCGAUUAGUCGGAAAAAGGAUGUGAAUCAGGGUAGUAGUUGUAGUAAUAGUAGUAAUGUUAGAAAAGGAGGAACUCCUGAGAGAAAGAGAAGUACCCUUUUAAGGGGGAAGGUUGAUAGAGGAGGUGGAGAUCAUGUUGAGCAUUCGAACAUGGACUCGAAUUUGAAUUCGAGCCCAUGUGAUCAUCAUCGAUGGCCUAGAACGCGGCAAUUGAACAUGUUGUCGAGGAGUUUAGAUUGUUCUAACAAUGAGAGUAAAGGGUGUGUUGGAUCAAGUGGUGUGGUUAGGUCUUUGAAGGAGCCUCUGCUUGAUGAGAGUAGAAGGGCAUCUUUUGAUGGGAUACUGAAUCUUGAUUCUGGUUAUGGUGAUGUUUUGAAUGGGGUUAGGGGUAUGAAUGGUUCGUCAGUUCGUUCUGAUCUAACAGCUUCUGAUACUGACAGUGUUUCUUCUGGUAGUACUUCUGGAGCACUGGAAAUCAACGGUGGGGGCCAUGGGCGUAGUUUACCCCGUGGCAUUGUGGUCUCAACGAGGCUAUGGCAAGAAACUAAUAUGCGGUUAAGGCGAAUGCAGGAUCCUGGAUUGGGGUUAUCGCCGAGUCCUACAUCAAAGCUUCUUGCCCUUCCUAAGUUAAGCCAUUCCAAAAGGUUGAGUGAUGGACCUAUGUCAUCACCUACUCGGGCAGCCUCACCGAUUAGGCUUAAUGAUACACCAGUAUCUUUACCAAUGAGGGGAGUUAGUCCAUCUACGAUGAGAAGUUCUAUUGGUAGCGCCUACGGUAGUAGUCCUUGGGAUACACCAUCUGUUCUAAGUUUUGUUGUCGAUGUUCGAAGAGGUAAGGUUGGGGAGAAUCGCAUUGUUGAUGCUCACCGUUUGCGACUUCUUUAUAACAGACAUUUGCAAUGGAGGUUUGUAAAUGCUAGAACAGAUGCUUCCUUGUCAGUUCAAAGACGGAAUGCUGAGAAGAAUUUGUGGAAUGCGUGGAUAACAAUGACUGCUCUACGUGACUCUGUUAGACAUAAAAAAACUCAAAUACAGCUGCUGAGGCAAAAGCUUAAGCUUAGCUCCAUCCUUCGAGGACAAAUGGCAUAUUUGGAAGAGUGGUCCCUUCUUGAUAAAGACCACUCCAAUUCCAUGCAAGUAGCUAUCGAGGCAUUGAAGGCUAGCACCCUCCGCCUUCCAGUAGUCGGGGGAGUAACUGCCGAUAUUCAAAGAGUGAAGGAAGCUGUUCGAUCAGCUGUUGAUGUAAUGCAGUCCAUGGCUUCUUUGACAUGCUCUCUCUCGACGAAGGUUGAAGAGGCGAAUUCCUUGGUGACGGAGCUUUCAAAAGUUGCUACUAAGGAAAGGACCUUGUUGAAGAAAUGCAAAGAAGUUUUAUCCAUGUUAGCCGCCAUGCAGGUGAAUGAUUGUAGCUUGAGGACGCACAUAUUGCAGUGUAACCGCUCACACUUAGGUUAACAACACGUCUGUAGAUCUAAUCUCGGAUUGACCAUUGAUUUUAUAUAAAACCGCUAACAAACACAGAUGACGACUUGGUGAUGGUAGAGGUUAGAAGCGACUAAAGAUAGUAAGAACGGGAUGGAUGGCUUUCGAUUGGCUCUCGUUAUUGUAAUGUAUAUCGCAUCCUCAGUGUAAUCAGUUCUAUCUACGGUUUGCUUUUCUUUUAUAUAUUUCUUGGAUGCUGAACGAUGAAUGUAAAUAGUGUAAUCAAUGCUAUUGCCUACGUUUUUUUGAUGGAAUACAACUUUCCCUUGCUAUUCUCAACUUACGUAUAUGACGUGAGCAACCGCUAUCAAAUACUUCCUCCUAAUAGUGAUAUUUUUCCACACAAUGUCACUAUCAAUUGCAAAUAUUUCGGAACGGAGGUAAUAUUCAAGUUUGGUUGUAUUCUCGUAUUAAC